GCCGCUAUAAGAGCCGCCGCCCGCCGGCACACCACCAGAAGCGCUCAACCCUCUCACCUCAGCUCCGCCAGCGACCCUCAGGCCUCUCGUCAUGUCGAUCAAGGUGCAGGUAGUGCUGGCUCUGGCGGCGUGCGUGGCGGCUGCGGCUGGAGGGCUCUUGCCCGCAGCUCCACUCGUGGCCAAGGCGGCCGUCGUGGACACCCAGUUCGACCCUCUGCCGCAGUACAGCUUCGCCUACAACAUCCAGGACACGCUGACCGGCGACUCCAAGUCGCAACAGGAGAGCCGCAACGGCGACGUGGUGCAGGGCAGCUACAGCCUGGUCGAACCCGACGGCAACGUGCGCACCGUGCUCUACUCGGCGGACCCCGUCAACGGCUUCAACGCCGUCGUGCAGCGCGGCCCUCUCGUCCACAAGGCCGCCAUCGCGCACGUCUAGCGCACCUGCCCUUCGAUCGCCGUGGCUUCUGACUUGCUGGAAGUAGUCCAACUGCAGGAUAGAACACACUCCUACACCUUCCUCUACAUUUCCUUAUAAAAUGAGUACGACUUUACGUAAAAAGUAACCUUAGUCUCAAAUAAUAGCACUGUUUACGCAGCCAUUAACCUUGCGGAUAUUCCCCUACGACGUUCCAAAUUAUGAGAAAACAAAUUUCGUCAAUAUACUGUUAAAGGUGUACAUCAUUUUUUAUCGAAAUGCUCCGAACUGGGCUAGAUAUUAAAAGUUGAAAACAGUUCAGUUAACACGGUUACUUUGGUGUUUUAAAGGAACUCAGUCUUUGAGUCUUUUCGUAACAACUUUAUCGUGCGUUUA